GUUGCAGAGCAGCAGGAUCUCACUGUGCUUCUUCACAGAAAAUAGAAAGCACGGCUUCUGAAUUUACUUUCUUUACCCAGUAACAGCAAUUACAAAGCUUAGAACAGAUGGGAAGAACAAGCCAAGCCGUGCUGCUAAUUUUGUAUGUGUUUAUGACUGUUAAAGCAUUUGAAAUGGAGAUUAUACCUGCUAACAGAAUUGUUGCACAGAUUGGAGAAACACUCAUACUCACAUGCAAUACUACUGGCUGUGCAUCACCAAGUUUUUCCUGGAGAACCCAGAUGGACAACCCCCUUGGAGGAACAGUGAACAACCAUAGGACAUACUCUACCUUGACUAUGAAUCCAGUUAGCAUUGUGAAUUCUCAUGAUUAUCUGUGUACUGUCUUCUGUGGUGAGAAAGAGAAAAAAGAGAAGAGUAUCAAAGUUGAACUUUACUCUUUCCCCAGCAAUCCUAUCAUUGAGAUCAGGCCAUCCUUAGUUGCUGGAGAACCAGUCACUGUCAUCUGUAAAAUUCCUGAUGUGUAUCCUUCUGAUCACCUGGAAGUACUCCUAAAGAAAGAGGGGUAUAUUCUUCAUGAGGAAAAUUUUUAUGAAGAUGACAGCACAAAUACAGAGACCAAAACUGUGACUUAUUCUUUUAAUCCCACACCUGAAGAUAUUGGGAAAGAGAUUACCUGUGUGGCCAAGUUACCAAUUGCUUAUAUGGACUUUGAACCUAAAGAAAGAGUAACUUCUCAGAAACUGAAUACAAACUUUGGCCCAAAAAAUACUAUCAUUACUGCAUCUCCAGGCAACUCGCUAAUGGAAGGAGACCCUCUAAAACUCACUUGUGUGACUGAGAGUAAUUCACCAACACAAACAGUUUGGAGAAAACAUUUGGCUGAUGAAAGCAUUCAGCACCUGAUAGAAAACAAUGUCCUUUCUAUUCCCCAUACCCGUUUCACUGAUACAGGACUGUACAUCUGUGAAGUAAUUAAUCUGGUAACUAAUAAAACAGAGAAAGCAACUGUGGACAUUGUCAUACAAGGUUCUCCAAACAUUACAGAACUCUCUAUUGAGCCUUCUAUAACAGUUCGAGAAGGAGAAAAUGUUUCCAUACAAUGUUCUGCUGAGGGUAACCCUCCUCCCAAGAUUAUUUUAAGGAGAAAAUCUGACAGUGCAGACAUGGGGUCUUACAGUGAGGGAAGAAUUCUCCUUCUUCCAUCUGUGACAUUCCUAAAUGGAGGAGACUACGAAUGUAUAGCAGAAAACAAGUUUGGGAAAAGUAAAAGUGAAAUAACACUUAAUGUGGAAUAUGGACCAAAGAAUACAAUGAUCUCUGUUAUCCCUGCUACUGCUGUUAAAGAAGGAGAAACUGUUAUGAUGAAGUGUACUAGUUCUGGUAAUCCAGCUCCAGUGAUCUCUUGGAAGAAAAAGACGGCCACUGGGGAGCUAGAGAAAAUGUUUAAAGAUGCCACCUUACCUAUACAGAAUGUAAAAAGUCAAGAUAUGGGGCUUUAUGAAUGUGAAGCUUAUAACCAAUUUGGCAGAGAAGAAAAAGCUGUCAAAUUACUUGUUCAAGUUCCUCCCCAAAAUAUUACUGUGUUAGUAUAUCCAUCAGAAAAUGUCAAAGAAGGAGAAAAUGUCACUAUUACAUGUAGCACGUACAGUAACCCACCAUCACAGAUGGUCCUGAAAAAAGUCCAUCAGGAGAAAGAAAUUAUUCUGUCAUCAGUGAAUGGAACCUUUAUACUCUACAAUGUCACCAAAAAUGAUGCAGGCAGAUAUUUGCUUGAUGUUUUCAAUGAGGCUGGAAACAACAUCAAAGUGAUUGAGAUAUCUGUUGUAGGAAGAUUGGAAAAAACAGAUCAAAUGAUACCACUGAUAAUUGCAUUCUCCUGUGUAACAGCAAUAGCAGUACCUGUAGUUGCAAUUUUGAUCUACGUGUCAAGAAAAGCAAAGAUAAAUGGAUCCUACAGCCUUGUAAAAGCACUCAGGCUGAAAGUGUGAUAGCAUGAAUAUAAGUCUAAGUUCAUAAUAAGCAAUGUUAUUUAUUGUUGUGACUGGUUCCACUCUUCUAUAACAUAUGGUAACAAACAAAUGACUUAAGAAC